AUGCGUUCGUUUCAUCUUCUAGCAUCCUCGGCUUUGGCCCUGCUAGCCACUGCUGCCCAAGAUAACGAUUGUUCGGCCGAUCUCGAGUCCCUGACUAUCACGAACCUCAAUGACGUUCGCGGUAAUUUGAAUUUGGUCACUACCACAAAGAGUGGCAUGAACGUUACCUGGAGCAGCAACAAUGACUCUGUUGUCUCCGGUGAGGGUAUAGUCAAAAGACAGAAUACUACUACAAAAGUCCAGUUGACUGCAAUCGUCGACUGCAAUGGGACCCCAGCAAACCGACAGUUCUCCGCUUCGGUCCAUCAGGCAGCCGACAUUGGUGCGUUCGAAGGCUAUGCUUUCGCAUAUUUUACCAACAACUCCCGAUCUGGCGAGAACAUAUACUUCGCAGCUAGUGAUGGUAACGACGCCUUGUCCUGGACAGAGCUGAAUGGUGCACAACCAGUGCUCAAGUCAAGCUUUGGCACGACCGGACUACGCGAUCCGUUCAUCAUUCGCUCUCACGAGGGGGAUACUUUCUACCUCAUCGCCACCGAUCUGUCGAUUGGCUCUGGAACUUCUUGGGGUGAUGCAGUCAAGUUCGGAAGUCGUUAUCUCGAAGUCUGGGAAUCUCACGAUCUAAAGACCUGGUCUGAGCAGCGCCACGUACUGGUGUCACCUGCCGAAGCUGGAAAUACCUGGGCGCCUGAGGCUUACUAUGAUGAAGACAUUGGUGCUUAUGUUGUCUUCUGGGCUUCUUCUCUGUACAACUCUACGGAUGUUGAUCGUGUUGAGCCGACUUAUCACCGCAUGCUGUAUGCCACUACACGAGACUUUGUCACAUUCAGUGAGCCGCAGAUCUGGCAAGAUGUUGGUAUGUCACGUAUUGACUCCACACUGAUCAAGUCGGGUGAUGUCUACUACCGCUUCACCAAGGACGAAGGUGCUGGUGAGACUGGAUGUACCGAUAUCAUUCAAGAGAAGUCGACAUCACUCAGAGCGACUGCAGAUUCUUGGACCAUCGUUGAUACCUGCAUCGGAAAGAAGGCUGGUACUCAGGGUGUGGAGGGUCCAACCGCAUUCAAAUCCAACCCCAGCGAUGUCAAUGGUGACAACUUCUACUUGUUCGUUGAUGAGUUCACUGGCCGAGGCUACAUUCCUCUCCAGACUAAAGACAUCGCGAGCCCCAAUUGGACAGUCCCAGCAUCAUAUAAGCUCCCUUCUAGUCCUAGACACGGAACCGUUUUGCCCAUCACCGCUGCUGAGCUAGCUAGCUUGACAGCGAGUACCACCGACGCUUCAUCAAUCGCUACUCGUGCAUCCGGAGGCUCACCAGUCCUAAAGGGCUACUUCGCUGAUCCCAAUAUCGCUGUGUUCAACAAGACAUACUACAUCUAUGCCACUACUGACGGCUUCCCUGGUUGGGGUGGCCAGGUGUUCUAUGCCUGGAGCUCGCCAAAUCUCGUGAACUGGACGCGCAGCGAAGAGCCUUUCCUCACUCUGAACGGCACCAAUGGCAACGUACCAUGGGCAACUGGCAACGCUUGGGCUCCCACAAUCAUUGAAAGAGCUGGAAAGUACUACUUCUAUUUUAGCGGACAAAAUCCUACCUACGAUAGAAAGACCAUCGGUGUCGCCGUUGCAGACUCACCCACUGGUCCGUUCACUGCAGAACCCACAGCCAUGAUCCUCAACAAUGAGCGCCUUACUACAGGUCAAGCUAUCGACUCUGACGCCUUCUUGGAUCCCGUAAGCGGAAAAUACUACCUUCUCUGGGGCAAUGGCACCCCCCUCCUAGCCGAGUUGCACGACAACAUGACAUCCAUAAACUGGUCUACGGCACAAAACAUCACUGGUCUAGUCGGUUUCCGCGAAGGCCUGUUUAUAAACUACCGUAAAAGGCUAUAUCACAUCACCUACUCUAUCGACGGUACAGGAUCAGAAAACUAUCGUGUUGGUUAUGCAACUUCCACUUCCAUUACUGGGAAUUAUACCUAUCAUGGUGUGGUGUUGCAGAAAGAUGUUAGUCAAGGCAUUUUGGCUACGGGACAUGAUUCAAUCAUUAAUGUGCCUGGUACGGAUAAGUGGUAUAUGGCUUAUCACCGUUUUGCUAUUCCGGAUGGUGAUGGCACGCAUAGGGAAGUGACGAUUGACGAGAUUACGUUUGAUGUCAAGACUGGAUUGAUGAAUGCUGUUGUGCCUACGCUGAGUAGUGUGGAAGCUUUUCCCGUUCCUGAAGAAUAG